AGAGGCAGCCAGAGAGACGUGAGGACGAAGCCGGAGCUUACCGCAGGAAGUACGUUAUCAAAUUCCCUACGGAGCCUCUCCGACAAGUACCCAUGUAGUCAACUGUUACUGAAACCCUUUGGAAGUUGGAGGGAUGUGGGACUCCUAUCUGCAGUCCAGAGGCACAUGACCGAUGACAAGUAAAUUUUACCUGAUGCAGCGUCCUCAGAGAUGUCUCCAGGAGAAGUGAACUGUGGAUGACAUUGUGAGCAAGAAGGAGUCACCAUUCAGAGCCAAAGAGAAUCUUGUUAUAGUGAACAUAAAAAGCUAAUUUUCUCCCAGUCAACUGCUGCAAUGCUGAUGCCUGGACCACUGUGGGUGUGCCUGGCUCUGAUAGGGGUUGGAAGCUGCAGUGCCCACAGCCUGUUUACCUGUGAGCCUAUCAGAGUGCACUGGUGCUUAGGGAUGCCCUACAACAUGACUUUCUUUCCCAACAUGAUGGAGCACUAUGACCAGGAUAUUGCCGCCAGUAAAAUGGAGCCAUUUAUGCCACUUGCAAAACUGCGAUGUUCUCCAGACGUCCACCACUUUUUGUGCCAAGCUUUUAUCCCAGCAUGCACUGGGGAGAGCAUGGUAAUCCAUCCAUGCAGGCAAGAGUGUGAGACAGUUCUGUCUGACUGCGAGGAGAACAUUCGCAUCUUCGGUGUCUCCUGGCCUCCUGAGCUACAAUGUGACAAAUUGGAGUCAUGUAACAUAGCUGAGUCUGUGCUUUCUGCAACCACCACGAUGACCUCCUCAUCGCCUAAGAGGGACCUUGGCUUCUGGUGCCCACUGCAGCUGAAGACCAAGCCAGGUCUUGGCUCAUCGUUCCUGGGUACCCAGGACUGUGCACCACCGUGCUCCAACAUGUACUUCAAACCGCACGACAUUGAAUUUGCCAAAAACUUCAUUGGCGUGUUGUCCAUCAUCUGCCUGGGCGCCACACUGUUCACUUUUCUCACUUUCCUUAUCGAUGUAAAGCGCUUCAGAUACCCGGAGCGACCUAUAAUCUUCUACGCCGUCUGUUACAGCUUUGUAUCGCUCAUGUACUUCAUUGGUUUCCUGUUGGGGAACAACGCUGCCUGUACCAAAGCUUCCCAUCCCACAGGUGUGGAAACUGUGGUGCUGGGCUCACAAAGUAAAGGCUGCACUCUGCUCUUUAUGCUUCUCUACUUCUUUACCAUGGCGGGUAUCGUCUGGUGGGUCAUACUCACCAUCACGUGGUUCCUGGCAGCUGGACCAAAGUGGAGCUGUGAGGCCAUUGAGAAGAAAGCAGUUUGGUUCCACUCUGCUGCCUGGGGGAUCCCUGGGGCUUUAACUGUCAUGCUGCUGGCUCUGAACAAAGUUGAAGGGGACAACAUUAGUGGGGUUUGCUUUGUGGGGCUCUACGACCUGGACGCGUUGCGGUACUUUGUUCUAGCACCACUGUGCGUGGGUGUUAUAGUGGGCCUCUUCCUCAUCCUGGCAGGUAUUGUUUCUCUAAACCACGUCCGGCAGGUGAUCCAGCAUGACGAGCGAAACCAGGAGAAGCUGAAGAAGUUCAUGAUUCGCAUCGCUGUGUUCAGCUGCCUCUACCUUGUCCCGCUGGUUACCCUGUUAGCCUGCUACACUUAUGAACAGAGUCACCGGAGCACCUGGGAGAAUACCUGGAUCAAUGACCGGUGUCAAGAAUACAGCAUCCCCUGCUCCUACAAGACUACAGAGCUCGACCGUCCUGACCUCACCCUGUUUCUUGUAAAAUACUUGAUGACACUGGUGGUUGGAAUAUCUGCAGUGUUCUGGGUCGGUAGCAGAAAGACCUGCUCUGAGUGGGCCUACUUCUUCAACAGGACCCGGAAGAGAGACCCCAUCAGUGAGAGCCGCCGGGUGCUCCAAGAGUCCUGCGAGUUCUUCCUCAAGCAAAAUAGCCGCGUCCAGCACAAGAAGAAGCACUAUAAGCCCAGCUCCCACAAGCUCAAAGUCAUCUCCAAGUCGAUGGGCACGAGCACCUGCGUCACGCCCACCAACGCCGGAGGCACCACUUCUGCGUUGGGCAACCACGAGCCCCAGGUGCAAGGCUCCCUGACUGACACCUCAGUCAGGGAGCACCUGGACCGAGGCACCUCCAGCCGAAGCUCCAGGAGGGGGGAGAGGGAGGGUGGAGAACGACGCAGCAAAGGGGGGAGCUCCAGUAAGAUGAGCAGCCGCUCAGAGAGCAUCCACAGAGUUGCAGAUGGAGGGGUGAGUCCAAGGAGCGAGCUCUCCGAGGCCAGGCUAGUUGCGGGUGGACCACUGCAGCAGCAUUCAGCUAUAAACGUAUCACAGGCCAGCAACACCCAGGACUCUGCCCUCCAGAUGGUGCACCCUGUUCCUGAGGAGAGCAAAGACCCACAGGACAUCUGAUCCUUCCAGAUUGUCCCGGUCCACUCAUCAGUCCAUCCUUGCACACAUUAAGAGGUUACACUGUGGCCAGUGAAUGUUAAUUACCAGCUAAAUGUACCAUAUUUCUAAUAUGAUAUGUUGGACCAGAGUUUGUGAGAUUUAACGCCAGUCGCUGAUGUUGUUUAGAGGAAUUAGUUUGGUUGGGUGACGACUGGUUAUUCCAGCUUUAGCAGUAUCCCAACUAUACAACCACCAAUGCUUAUUUAAAGCUAUAGCAGGCAUUAGGUCUCAACGUUUGAAUUACAUACUAUGCUUUCAAAUAAACACAAUUUUUAUGUAAAUAUUCUUUUUUUAUUGUAGAAUUUAAGUCUGUCACUCAAAUAGUCGCAACACUGAGAGUUGUUUUAGAAAAAGGUCAUGACGUUACCAAACACUGAACCCUCAGAAAAUCUUGCUGAGUUAAAUUGUUAUUGAAUGUCUUUAUGUUCUUUCCUGAUAGAUGCUUUGUUUACAGACCUCACGUUGUAAUACACAUCAAGUGCCACUUUUUGUCCUUUAAAGACACAUGCUCUUUAAGUUGAUAUUGUUGAUUUUAAGCAUCGAAUUUGCAAGGUUUUUUUUUACUUUAACUUUUCAUUUUCUGUUGCACAUACACAUUUUGUGCAUCAGUAUUUUCAAAGACAAACCCACUGAAUUUGGGUAAAUUACAGCUUUGUAGUUUACUAACUCAUUGGUCCUUUGUUGCAAAGAUAUAACCAAUUUUAUUUUUUGAAGUUAGGAUGCUGUGUAAAAUGUGAAUAAAAACAGAAUGCAAUUAUUAGCAAAUGUCACGAACUUGUGUUAAUCCCAGUAGAUUAAAAACAACAUAUCAGAUGGUGAAACUGAGACUUUUCAGUAUUUCAUGGAAAAUUGGCUCAUUGGCUCAUUUAAAAUUUGAUGGCAGCAACACAUGUUAGAAAUGUUCAAACAGGGACAACAAAGAGCUGGAAACGUACAUUUACAUAAAU